AUGUUGUUGCGGAGAGGGGCUAAUGUUCAGCUGAUGGAUGACGAAGGCUAUACGCCGCUGCACGAGGCAGCGAAGGGAGACGAUCCAGUGGUUAUCAGACUGCUACUCGAAGCGGGUGCUGACCGUUCGAUCAAGAAUAAGAAGGGAGAAUCGCCGUCACAAAUACACCUAAAACACUGGCAGAUGAAGAAGAAGAUUGCGAAGAAGCAUCGCGAAAUCAUGGACAUGCUGGAAUCUUAG